AUGAAUGUAACAAGUAUCAUUAAUCGCGAAAAAAGAAAAAGACAGGAGGAAACAAGUCAUGUUAUUAAGAAAAAAUUCAAAAACUGGAAUAUGUUAAAUUCUUUGGAAGGCAAUACUCAAAAUGGAAUUGCGUCCACUUCGUUCCGCACGAAGAAAGUACAUACAAGUGAGUGCACACAAGAGGGGGUAGCCAACAUAUCAAGUAACAACUUUGCAAAGUAUGAUGAUCCUAUCAUCUUAGACAAAGCGACUUCCAGUGGAAUGUGCGCAUACCCGCAAAAUGGCAGUGCCCAUUCUCCUGUUUGUAAUAAUCCCGACUUGAGUUGGGCCCACCCGAACGAGUCCCAGUUUCAUUUGGAUGUCGCUGUGGGAGGUGGGGAAGAAGUAUACCGACAGGAUGAGAAACGGGAAAAGCAAAGCUGGGAAAAUGGUGUAGGCGUAAACGGGGUGAAUAAACUGAAAAGGAUCCGGGGAAAAAAAUCCACAAAAGGAGAUAUCAAGGCUAAUGAGAAGAAAAAAAGGGAAAACAGAGUGGGUGGUAGGGAUAGUGAUCAUAGCGGCAUAAGUGGUGGACGCGGUGAUGAUGGUUUCCGCAACAGGGGGCACACGAGCAGCUGGAGCAGUCAGAGCAGAUGCUAUUGCAGCCCGUCCAGCAGUAGCUGUAGUAGCAGCUGCUGCGACAACGGAAGUAGUGACUUCAGCGAGGGCCACUCCAGCCACGGCAGUUACGGUAGCUUAAGCCGCGCCUCCAACAGAGGAAGAAACCACAAACGCAGAAAAGACAGCGAAGGUAAUAACAAACCGAGCAGAGGCGACUCCCUAUGGGAAGGACUCCUAAAAAAAGACGUCAUCCUCCUUCUAAUACAAGCCAUAAAAAACAUGGGUUAUAAAAAAUCAGCCAAACAUUUGGAGUUAGAAAGUGGUAUCGAAUUGGAACAACCAAUAGUGAAGGAAAUGCACAAGAAUGUCCUUGCAGGGAAAUGGAAAAAUGCAGUCCGUAAUUUGAAAAACAUAGGUGUAAAUAAAAAAAUCACAAAGGCAAUUUCGUUCCUACUAUAUGAGCAGUGCUUUAUAGAGUACCUAUAUGAAGGGAAGCACUUUGCUGCUCUGAGGUGUCUAAGAAACAAGCUAGCCAAGUUCUGCUUCGACGAGGAUACCUACAACAGAUUACACGAAUGCACAACUUUUUUUAUGUCCUUGAAUAAUGCUCACUUGAUAAGGAAGAGAAAACAAAAUUACCAAACUAAAGUGAAGAAUUCACGUAAAUUGUUGUUUGAAAAAAUAAAUCGCUUGUUACCUGAACACGUUAUUCUUCCUCCGAGGAGGUUAGCCAUUUUGCUGCACCAGUCGCUCAAGUACCAGGUGGACAACUGCUUGUUCCAUAAUAACUUUUCCGAGGUGAAGCUCAUAAGGGCGCUCCUGCAGGGGAAGAAGGGACGAGAAGAACUGCACACCAUAAACGAAGCGAAUGUUACAAAUGGAGUAAACGUUACAGACGCCACGGACUCAGCCGAUCCGAACGGCAAAGCGCAGAAAAUGGCCCGAGUUAAACCCACCACAGCUUACAGCGCAGCGUGCCAAGCUAAAACAUUUGAAUUUAAAAAACAGAAAAAAUCGGAUGUCAGUAACCAAGUGGACAAUUCAUCCAACUCAAGUUUGCAUAAAAGGAAGAAUACCAAACAGGAGGAUGAGAUGACCUUUUGUGUGAACGACUUUUCUAGGUACCACGAUAACGUGACGGGGGAGUGCUCCAUGCACUACCAGAAGGCGAAUCCUAAGAGUGGCCCUGCAGACUUCGGAGGGUCAGACGACGCGGGUGCAGAUAAGGGAAUUCCCUGCGAGGUCAGCUCCAACGAAACGACGCUUAACGAAAGGCUGCUUAACGAAACGCUGAUGAACGACCCGCCGCCCGAUAAACCAGACAAUUACACAACCACCCUCCUGUGGGAUGACGAACUCGAAGGGGAAAACCAAUUUAACGUAACCAGUGGCCAACCUGUAAGAAAAAGCACAAAGCUCAAGUGUGGGCAGCUACCGAGGGGGGCAGUGGCGGUGCACCUUGCGCCAGGCGGGAAGGUCCACACGUCUCCAACAAGGGAAAGCACAAGCAAACGCACGAGCAACAGUGCGGAUGCCAGUGCCAACGUCAACGUGGCCACCGCAGACACACUGUUCACCAACCCCUUCCCCUGCCUGAAGGAAUCUAUCAUGAAAAGCGCCAAGUCCACGGCAUGCAGGAAGUAUGCGAAGAUUACCAGUAGCGGCGGACCCAAAAUAUGUACCCUAAAGGGGUCAGCUUCAGAACAACGGAAGGGAGAGGUCACAGUGGGGAAAAAUCCAAAUGAGCUCAUCGUUGGAAAGAAUAAAAUGCAGCAGGGCAGUAGGAUAUCUGGUGGCAAGAAUGUGAUUAAUCCGAAUGACGGAUUUGUUAAUGCGCAGGAGAAGGGAUUCUUAAUCGGGCACCAUGGGGGAAAUGUAACUGACGGAGGUACUGGAAAGGGGGGUAGCGCUCCCCUUGAAGGAUGCGUGGGUGACGAUUAUGACAACGUGCGCCCAGAGGGGAAAGACGACGAAAGUGACGUGAGAGAAGCUCGAGAAGAGGGAAGGAGACAGUUUACCAGACAAGACAGAACCCACAGCGGCAUCUACGAGGAGGAUGGAAGAAGAACAUUCACCCUUUCAUUGCUAAAAAACCACCAAUGUAAAAAGAUAAAGCUGCCUUACUAUUGCAUCAAGAUUUUACAAGGUCAUAAGGACGAGGUGUGGUACGUCAACGUAUCGAAGAAUGGAAAAUACAUUGCAUCAGCCAGCAAAGACAAAAGUAUAAUUCUUUGGAAGGGACUUUACCCAUUUAACAAGUUAAGGGAAUGGAAUGGUCAUUUAGACGGAGUGAGUUACGUCAUCUGGAGUCACAACAGUAAGUACCUAGUGUCGGGUUCUAACGAUUCUAACAUAAUCAUUUGGAGUCCAAAAAGUAAUAAAAAAAAAUUAAGCCUAACAAUGCACAAUGGGCCAAUCACGUCGAUUUACUGGUCCAAGGACGACUCUACAAUCAUAUCAUCUGCCUUCGACAAAAAAAUAUAUUGCACCAAGUUGAACAGAGAAUUGAAGGGUUUUUCCGUUCUCUACGUCUGGUCCUUUAGCACAAGGAUACAGAACUUCGUUUUUACCAACAAUGAGAAGUACCUAAUUGCCGUUCCGUCCGAUAAAAACGUACGAGUAAUUGAUUUUGCUGUAAAAAAGGAGUUAUACAUUUUGCCUGAAUAUGAUACCAUUACAUCUGUGUGUGCCUCCAGUUUGUAUAAUCAUAUUUUGGUAAACAUAGCUGACCAGAGACCCACUGUGAAAUUAUGGGACGUGAAGCAUAGAUACAUUAUUCAGACGUAUCGAGGACACAAGCAGGGGAGGUUCAUCGUGCACUCCACCUUCGGGGGGAAGAAAGAGGAUUAUGUUAUUAGCGGCAGUGAAGACAGCCUAAUAUAUAUUUGGCACAAAACGAAGGGCUUCCUUCUAGACGUGAUAAAUGGUCAUGCGUCCACCGUCAGUAUUGCUAUAUGGCCGCUUGCCAGUUCCAAGUUCCCCUACAUGGUUUCCGCUUCGGAUGAUCACACCAUCAUGGUUUGGAACGUGCACCCCAAGGCAACGACUAUCCGGAGGGACUCCCGAAGACGCCGCAAAAAGUUCGUCCACCCCUUCUUGCGGGAGCUCACCAAGUUUCGCCCCGUUGUGCGGUGA